GAUGCCAAUGCCAAUGCUGACGAGAGAAUAUCUUCUGGGACUAAGCUUUCUCUUAAUUGUUAUUCCUUUUGAUUUCAUAUAAAAAUACCAAUAUGGCUACCACCAGGUUAGAGAGAAGGUUUAACACAAUCGUAUCUGCAAUUACUUACUGUUACUUUCACUUUCGAGACCACAACACAGCCAUCAACAUGCCAAGAGGACGGCCACUUUCUUUGCAGACUGUGGAGCUGAAAGUAAGGAUGUGUUGCAGCGGGUGCGAGAGAGUUGUGAAGAAUGCGAUUCACAAGCUUAGAGGAGUGGACUCGGUAGAAGUAGACCUAAACAUGGAAAAGGUGACAGUGGUUGGAUAUGUGGAGAGAAAUAAAGUGCUAAAGGCGGUGAGGAGAGCCGGAAAGAGGGCCGAAUUCUGGCCCUAUCCCGACAUCCCAUUGUACUUCACAUCUGCCACCAACUAUUUCAAAGACACGACCAGUGAGUUCAAAGAGAGCUAUAAUUACUACCGCCACGGUUACAAUCUCGGCGAAAGGCACGGUGCUAUUCCUCACACUCACCGUGGAGAUGAUAAAGUCAGCAACAUGUUCAACGAUGAUAACGUUAAUGCCUGCUGUCUUAUGUAAUCUUUUCCUUUACAUCUAAUUCACCAAUUUCAUUCUUCUCUUUACAA